AUGGCGGCUCACCCCAGCGGGAAGCUCCCUCUGCCCACACUGGUGGUCACCGCGUACACCGCUAAACAGCCCAAGAAGAGCCGCUCUCUGGCGGAGAAGAUCGACGCCAAACGAACCAAAGACAAACUUAGAGCCAAGACUCGGAUUAAUAUCGGCUCUGCGCAUGCGCCGUGGCGAAAGCUGCGAGACGGACUCGGACUGGCCCUGGACUCUCAGCUGGCGAGACUUCUGCUGGACACGUAA